AUGGGCAAAGGUGCCAAGCAUCUGGGACAAAGAAACGUCCAAUACCGUUCGGCCGCCGGCGCCGGCGCCUUCCUGUCACCCGUCCCCUCGAGGACGCUGAAAAGCGGCAUGUCUGUUGCGCCCGCGGAACGUUGGAGACUGAAGAUAUCCUUCUCACUAGAUAUUCAACAUCUCGGGAUAGCAUUGUGUAUUCUCAGACCUUUCCAGGACCAUGAAUCGCUUGGAAAGGAAGCUAGACAAACGAGCCGAGGAGGUGACCUCACGGGCAAGGCCUGCUGGUGUCAAAAGAUGCUUAUCGCCAGUCUCUGCAAGACGCAUGGCCUUGCUCCCUUCGCCCACCGUCGCCAAUCGCCCAGAGAGACCGAGAUCGUGGAAGAAGUGUCCGACGAGAGUGUGAGAUGGAGCAUUCACGUUGUCAAGCGUGACAAGGCCGUCAUGGCCGUCUGCUGGUUUGAGAUCGACAACAAGAGGCGCCGCGUCUGUCUCCGGGGAAGGUCUCUUCCGGGCUGCAUCGAAGAAGAGAUGAACGCCCAAUCUGCCAUCCAAGAUUCCCAGCUGAUCGCCAUACAGCGUGUCAUGGUGAAUACCUUUUGUGCGGGGAUGAUGAGCCAAGAUAGUUGGGCAGCGCAGGCUGAAGUGGGCGAGAGGUGGGCUGAAGCCCGAUCACACUCAACAAUCUGCACAAUGACGACGACAUUCCCGGUCUAG